AUGCCGGGCAUGCUGUUCGUGGUGUGCGUGCCGACAGCCGAGUACGAGCUGCGGCUGGCGGCCAAGGCGGGCCCCGAGCUCCGCCGCCUCGACGGGCCCACGCUGCGCUCGCGCCUGCCGCCGCCCGCGCCCCUCGGCCAGCUCCCCAUGGAGCAGGUUUUGGAAGAUUUGCUGAAGAAAUUAGGCAUUGAACAUGUGGUCUGGUGCAAGGACAAGGUUGGCAAUUAUUUUGAGGUCUUCUUUCCCUUGGGGGCUGGAGAUCCAACAGAAAAUUGUUUGCAUUGUCUUACAGAGCUGGGUAUUGGAAAAAAACACAACUCAAUUGUGAGUGUUGUACCCUCCAAUGUUUUCUACCAUGGGAUGAAUGACGGGACAGCGGACUUUAAUCCAGAUGACACUGUUGGUGAAUUAAUACCCAAGAAAAACUGGAAUAAUUUUGUGCAAUCAGUUCGCUCAAAGCUUACUGUGAAACAGGUAGUUGACGGUGUAAGGAAUGGAGCAGAAUUAUCCUUUGAUUAUCUUUUAUUGGUGCUGACAGCAGACAUAAUUGCUGCCGUUGGCCUACUGGAGAACAACUCUGUCAACAUUGUAGCAGCUAUGCUUGUCUCGCCACUAAUGGGACCUGUUAUGGCUAUGACUUUUGGUACAAUGAUAGCUGACUGGAAACUCUUCAAGAUUGGUUUACGCAGUGAAGCUAUUGGGUUACUUCUGUCUACACUGUUUGGAUUUAUUUUUGGCCUUCUACUUGGUACAACAGAAUCACCUUGGGGAUAUGGAGACUGGCCAACUGAAGAAAUGAAAGGCAGAGGGAACUAUCGUUCUCUUUGGGUUGGUGUAAUGUGGGCUUUACCUUCAGGGACUGGCGUUGCCUUAGCAUUACUUCAAGGCAGUGCUGGACCACUGAUUGGUGUUGCCAUUUCUGCAUCCUUGCUGCCACCAGCUGUAAAUUGUGGCAUUAUGUGGGCUCUAGCAUGUACUGUGGUGAAUGAUAAAAACUACACAGUGCUAGUUCUCCAGGGUGAAGACCCAUCGCAGCCCAACUUCACAUCAGGAUAUGAACCAAUAUAUUACGAUGACAGCAAAGCAAAAGAACUGUCUGUCAUGGGAAUUAUUAGUCUGUGUCUCACUUUAAUCAACAUUUGUUGCAUAUUUAUCUGUGCAAUACUUGUUCUGAAGGUGAAGGAGGUAGCUGCACCUUAUACAUCAUCACCAGACCUGCGAAGGUUUUGGGAACAUGAUAUACGGAUGGCUAGAGACGUUAAUAGAGGGACUGUGGAUGGUGCAAACACAACAAAUUUCAGGAAUACUAACAAAGAGUUUAUGGAUGGCCUUAACAAACUGCCACCAGAGAAUUUGGGUGCAACACUGGAAGCAGCUGUUCGAGAAGCAAUGGAUGACCCUACUUUCCGCAAAGUAAAAAGACUCAGCUACUCACGAACUGCAGCGGAUCAAGUUACUCAUUCGCUUGGGAUAGGCAGUACCAACAAACGUCGCAGUCAUGUAAGUGGAGAUCCAGAAACACCAUUCAGUGACCCUGCUACACUGGACCAGCUCAUUCAAACACUUGUGGGCCAGCAGAAAGCUGCACAGGGUCGGACCAGUCGAGGACAUUCAAUGCAGCAGUCUGUGAGACGAGGGUCUCAUUCCAGUCAUGAUUUGCAAAGUCCGCCAGCACAAACCCAGUCACCUGUGAUGAGUGUCAAUCUGGGACUGCCAACCAUAAUGGAAAAUUCCAAUGCAAGGGAUUCAUCAAAGAGGCACUCGAAAGUGAUGAGCAUUGUUCAGUCCAUAAGAGAUGCCCCACAGAGAUUAACGCAGCCACCACCAUCAGAAGAAACAACAAGUCUCACUGACAACAUUCAAUUAAGGAAUCCCAACGCUUAUAUUCCAGAAUUGCCAGAAGAGGACUCUAUGCAGGACAUCCCCUUGAGAACAAAGCUGUGAUUGAAUAAUGGAAUAAAAAGACUAUAACUAUGUAGUAGCAUUCUACUGCAAGCAGAUAUAAAUUAAUGUAUUUUUUCAUUUGUUAGACAGUAGACUACAUGUUAACAAUUUUAUUAUAGUAUUUGUGAAAGGAAACUGGCUCCCAGUAAA